CUUCUCCGAGUCCAACACGAGUCAUCUAAUGACGUAAAGAGUCCUUCCUGCAUACUUCUUUCAAUUCAAGAUUCUGUUUUUCUUUUCAAAUUCAAGAACAAUCUUUAUCUUUAUCCGAUUAUAUAUUCAUGAAACAAUCGUUUCAAUUCAAAUUUCUGUUUCUCUGUUUUUCAUUGGAUUCAUCUCGAAUUUCUCAAAUUAAUACGACACAAAAUUCUGAAACUUCUCUCUCUGGUUUUCGAGAAAAAAUGUCGUCCGGAAAUCACAGAAGGAUUUCCCCAGAAGAAGUUCAGAAUGUAAAAAAUCAAAUCGAACAAUGUCUAUGGAAUUACAUGAACAAGAAACAAGCGAUGGAUAUUCUCUAUCAGAAACAAAACAUCGAGCCUAUCUUUACAAAGCUUGUUUGGGAGAGGCUUGAAGAAGAAAAUCAAGAAUUCUUCAAGACUUACUAUCUCAAGUUAGCGUUGAAAAAUCAAAUAACGCAAUUUAACGAUCUGCUUUAUCAACAAGCUGUAGCUGAUUCAAAUCAAGCGAAUAACCCACAUGGAGUUGCGUGUAAUGGAUCUCAUUUACAUGGAAGUAAUUUCGGUUUCCAUCAAGGAGUGAAUCAUAAUAAUGUUGCCGUGAAGGCGGAGAACAUGCAGCAGUACAAUUUUCCGGCGGUCGUGCAGGGCGGGUUUAAUGGUGGUGGACCGUUUGUACAGUCGGUGAUGCAAAAUGGUCCGGUGAAUAUGGCGGUGGGUACUCAGAAUGGGAAUGGGGUUGCAGUCGGUGGGACUGAAGGGUAUUUUGGUAAUUCGAGGUUUUUCUAUCAGGCGACUCAUGUCAAUGGCAAUGGCAAUGUCAACUUAUGGAUGACACUCUUUCGAGAGGUGACUUUACUUACACUACAGGAGAAAACAGCGGAGUUGGCAAUAUAUCAAGAAACUUCGAUUUUCAGAAUUUUGGGAGAGAUUCGUAGAACAAUAAGAGUCAAUAAACUAAGGUGGUCAAUUGUAAAUACUAAAUACAAAUCUUUGUAAAUAGUAAUGGAAGGAAGGAUUAUGCGUUUCAAGUCUUGUAGAUAUAACGAGUUCAAAGAAUUUGUAAUCAUUGUUUGGUAUUUGACAUUACAAUAAAAAUAAAAUCGUUACG